GAGCCUCAUUGGCUGGACUCCGCGGUGGGAGAGUCGCUCCAAGUCGCUUCUUUACCAAACUAGGCUGGGGAGGGUGACCCAGAAACCGCGGCGAUCGCCCGAGCGCUGGAGGGACUCGCUAUGCAGAAGCCUUCCGUUUCCCCCUCAAAAUACAAGUACACUGUGCUGCUGUAGGAUACGCCGAUCCCCAAAGUUUUUUUUUUCUGCAUUUUAUUUUUGUUCCGCAUAGUCCUGCUUUGGUUUACACUGCAGGGACAAAAGUUUGUUUCCUGGACACAAGACCGUCCGCCAGUAAUUUUUAAGACACUGGGAUUUACAGCCGGUAAAAAUGCAUGGGAUUUGGGGUCUGGAUAUCGUGGUGCUUUUGCUGACGCUCCUGUGCGAUCAGUCGGUGCUUGCGGACGCGUUCGGGGACGAGGACGAGAUGACCUGCGAUCCUAUCCGGAUAUCUAUGUGUCAGGAUCUGGGAUACAACGUGACAAAGAUGCCCAACCUGGUGGGAAACGUGUUGCAGUCGGACGCAGAGUUACAGCUGACAACUUUCACCCCCCUCAUCCAGUACGGCUGCUCCAGCCAGCUCAGGUUCUUCCUGUGCGCGGUUUACGUGCCCAUGUGCACCGACAAGGUUCCCAUCCCCAUCGGGCCCUGCAGCAGCAUGUGCCAGUCCGUGAAGCGCAAGUGCCUCCCCGUGCUGACGGAGUUCGGCUUCGCGUGGCCGGAGCUCCUCAACUGCAGCCUCUUCCCGCCGCAGAACGACCAGAACCACAUGUGCAUGGAGGGGCCAGGGGACGAAGACCCCCCGUACCACACCAUCCGCACCCUGCAGCCCAUGGAGGAGGAGUGCCACGCCCUGGGCUCCGGCCCGGAGCAGUACACCUGGGCCAAGCGCAGUAUGAGCUGCGUGCUGCAGUGCGGCUACGACGCCGGUCUCUACCCACGGCAGGCCAAGCUCUUCGCUGACGUCUGGAUGGCUGUCUGGGCCGUCCUCUGCUUCCUGUCCACCGCCUUCACUGUGCUUACCUUCCUCAUCGACUCUUCGCGCUUCUCCUACCCCGAGCGGCCCAUCAUCUUCCUCAGCAUGUGCUACAACAUCUACAGCGUGGCCUUCAUCGUGCGCCUGACGCUGGGCCGCGAGCGCACCUCCUGCGACCUGGAUGAGGCCGCCGUGCCCGUCCUCAUCCAGGAGGGCCUGAAGAACACAGGCUGCGCCAUCGUCUUCCUCCUCAUGUACUUCUUCGGCAUGGCCAGCUCCAUCUGGUGGGUGGUGCUGACGCUUACCUGGUUCCUGGCGGCCGGCCUGAAGUGGGGCCACGAGGCCAUCGAGAUGCACAGCUCCUACUUCCACAUCGCCGCCUGGGCCAUCCCGGCCGUCAAGACCAUCGUGGUGUUGAUCAUGCGGCUGGUGGACGCCGACGAUCUCACGGGGCUCUGCUACGUGGGCAACCAGCACGUGGACGCCCUGACGGGCUUUGUGGUGGCACCACUCUUCACCUACCUGGUGGUUGGCACGCUCUUUAUUGGUGCCGGCCUGAUGGCGCUCUUCAAGAUCCGCUCCAACCUGCAGAAGGACGGCACCAAGACGGACAAACUAGAGCGACUGAUGGUGAAGAUCGGCGUUUUCUCCGUGCUCUACAUGGUGCCAGCGAGCUGCGUGGUCGCCUGCUACUUCUAUGAGAUCUCCAACUGGGGCGACUUCCGGCGCUCGGCGCAUGACUCGUACCUGGCGGUGGAGAUGCUGAAGAUCUUCAUGUCACUGCUGGUGGGCAUCACGUCGGGCAUGUGGGUCUGGUCAGCCAAGACGCUGCACACCUGGCAGAAGUGUUCCAGCCGGCUGGUGGGCUCAGGCAGGACCAAGAGGGGGGGCAGACCCGGUGGCUGGGUCAAACCAGUCAAGGGCAGUGAGACGGUGGUGUGAGGAUGCAGAAAUGGCCUGGAGCUAAGGGUGGGGGGGGGUGCGGUUCUCAGGGCCCUCCCCAAGGCAAGGGACUACAGGAGGAGCUGGGACGUGAGCACAGGGCCCCCCACAUGCUGACAGCGGGUCACGGGCAGUCCAGGUGACACACGAGGCCCCCUGUGCAGGUUUGACGGGGUCCACUUGGGGGGUGCUGUCCCCCAGCCACCCUGUGACAGCGGAGCGGGACAGCAGUCAUGUGGGGGCGGUUGUGUGGCCGCCUCUGUCCCUUCUUAUGCAUUUUUAGGACUUUGUUCUUAGUUUCUGUUCUCGUGUCUUUAAAUGAACCUUACACUGGACAGUGGUAGCGCAGAUGUCUUAUGAAAGAGAAGUGCAGUGUGGAAAGAUGGCGUCAGAGUGCUCGCAUCGGGCCUGGGGAGGGGGGUGUGGCUGGG